AUGGCCACGAACCUUGGAGAUGCCCAGGCCAUCGUCCACUUGCUUCGAGAGAUCUACAAUCCAAUGUUGUAUGAUUGUCUUUCAACUGGGGGUCAUUGGAAUUCAGUAUUUACAGGUAAGAGGGGAUUUGUUAUCAGACGUAAGAUCACCGCUAGGCACAAUGACUUUCCAGCUCUAGUUCUUGCUUAUGUCCCAGAUCGAGCAGACCUCACCGAGCGUCUGUUCGAUCUUCUUCGAUUUUACCGCUUCACUGAUCCUGCAUGGAGAGCCGUAGAUCCUAGUUAUUCUAUUGUUGACCCUGUCCCUGUCCUCCCUCUUCCUGCUGCUUCAGGUGGCCUUGCCCCUCGCCCUCCGCCAGCCCCUGCUCCUCCUCCUAUUAUUCCUCUCGCUUUUAUCACUGCUCCCGAUCUUCAUCCUGCUACUCCUACUGCUGGUCCUCCUAUUCAUCCUGCUUUUUCUGGUCCUUCUAUUCCUAUUUCUAGUAUUCCUCUUCGUACUCCUGCUCCUACUGCUUCUCGUGCUCCUGCCCAUCCUAUUGCCCCUGCUCCCGCCCUCGCUCCUGCUCCCGUCCCUACUUUUCCCUCCGCUCCUACUACUACUCGCGCUCGUGCUCCCACCCGUGCCUCUGUCCCUAUACCUGCCCCUGUCCCUAUACCUGCCCCUGUCCCUAUACCUGCCCCUGUCCCUAUACCUUCCCCUGUCCCUAUACCUGCCCCUAUCCCUAUACCUGGCCCCGCCCCUACCCCAGCUCCUAUCCCAGCUCCUACGCCCGCUCAUAAUUUUGCUCCUGCUCCUGCUCCUACUCCUACCCCUGCUCCUGCCCCCACCCCUGGCUUUACUCCUGCUACCGCUGCUGAUAAGGCUGCUACGGAGGCAAUUACUAGGGAUGUCGGUGCGGAUUAUGGUGAGGCUCCUACUAGGGACACAACUCCUCUUAGUCUUAAUGAUGAUCUCCCUGUCCCUAGCCCCAUUCCUACUCAUGUUCCUCUCAUUCCUCCUGGUGUUGGUCUCGACCCGAGUCAUCCUCCCGUGAUUGCACCGGAAGUUCUUCACUAUCCUAUCCGGGGUAGCCCACAACCUGGCUACUAUGUGGUCGAUUCUACGAAAGUUCCAUCUCCUCCUCGCACUAACCUAGAUGCUUUCACAUCUACUAUGGAACGUAGCAAUCGCAAGCGGGCUAGGGAUGACACAAAUGAUUCAGAGACUCCCCAGCCUCAAAAGAAGAGAUCAACUGAUACUAACUCGCCAAAGGAGAAGUCUGAAUGGACGAGUUUCACCACUCUAAGUGACUCGUCUUCAGAUGAUUCACGAAGCCUGGAUGGUGAUGGUGAUACGCCAAUGGAUGAAACCUAUAAAGCUUCUAAGGUUAAGAAUAAGUCUGUUGAACUAGAGCCCGGCGUGUGGUCUACGAUGCGAGAUUAUCUUGGUCGUAUAGGCCGCCAACCUACUCCACAGGAACCGGAUGAGGAGCUCUAG